AAAUUGUGUUGCGAUGACAAUUUCAGUAGGCUUAAUUGGAGAACUUGAUGGCGUGUUUUAACAAAUGCGGGGUCCACUGGGCAUGCUCCAUGUGAUCUGAGAGGAGAGCUGGGCACGGUGUGAAUAACAGGCAGUUUGGGCGUUUUUUGAGGAGGUUUGUCGCCCUCUCAUCUCUGAUUCUCUUUCUGCACGCAUCACAGAAAAAACAGCAUUUUCCUCCCUUUAGAAAUAGACUGUGGGUGUUUUCUUCUCAGCAAUGCAUGGAGGAAAGGGAAAGUUCCUGAGCAGGAGAGCGUCUCCGUGCUGAGACAAAGAGCUGCGGUGCAGCGGCGGUGUGUCGUUAAACGCAGAGAGGGAGCUGAGCGUCGGUGUGAAGGAGGUGAGUCUGUAGGCAGCAACAGAGGAGGGACUGAAAGCAGCGCCGAGUCUCCAUCAGGAGCUGCCGGACAGGCGCUGUCCGCUCAGCACCACCGCAGUCACCUUGCUGUGAAAGUCAUAAACCUGCUCAGGACUGAUCUGAUUAAUUACCGCAACUUGGGGAGUCCAAUGAGCUGGAUUUAUGUCGCUGGCGGGGGGGAAACUUGUCAGCGUUUGUGCUUUUAUCUCGACAUCUUGGAUUUACAGAAGAUGUGACGUCCAUUCUUAAUGUAAUGCCAUUGGCUGUAAUCAUUUUGGAUUUCGAUUUUAUACCCUCCAGUGGGCCUGGCAGCUAUAAGCGUUUAUGAUCCUCCAGUUGCAUGACAGGUGCUCGGAGAAAACCCAGCCUUUAGAGUGAAUGUAGCCUGAUGCGCCGAUUUCUUUCAUAGCUGUUGAGAAACGACAGGUUGUUUUGUGCGCUGCUUCCUUUAUGUAAUUGUUUCUUUCAGUGUAAUCACUGUUGUGCAUGAUUGCACGGGGCGCCUAGACUUACCUUUGCGAUGAAGGGAACUUAUGGGAGAAAUGCCUAGGGGACGCAAUGGGCCUGAGCGACGACAAGGAUCGCAUUGUGAUAAACGUGGGAGGGAUCAGACAUCAGACAUACCGCAGCACCCUGCGCACUCUACCUGGCACUCGCUUGUCCUGGUUGGCCGAGCCUGAUGCACCCAACCACUUUGACUAUGAUGCCAAGAUCGAGGAAUUUUUCUUCGACCGCCACCCUGGCGUGUUUGCACAUAUCCUUAACUACUACAGGACAGGUAAACUGCACUGCCCGGCUGAUGUCUGCGGGCCCCUCUAUGAGGAGGAACUGGCCUUCUGGGGCAUUGAUGAGACAGACGUGGAGCCAUGCUGCUGGAUGACCUAUCGCCAGCACCGGGAGGCAGAGGAGGCCCUUGAUAGUUUCGGCGGGGGGGGCCUGUUAGACCUGGUGAACGAUGAUGCGGAGCCAGAGCUGGAGCAUGCUGGCGAGGAUGAUGUGGAUGAAAUGACAAGGAGGCUGGCACAGGGAGACACUCAUGAUGCCCGGAGUGGCAGCCUGUGGAGCCGGUGGCAGAAACAUGUCUGGGCCCUGUUUGAGGACCCCUACUCUUCUAAAUAUGCAAGGUGGGUGGCUCUGGCCUCGCUGUUCUUUAUUCUGGUGUCCAUCACCACCUUCUGUCUGGAGACCCACGAGGCCUUCAACCCCAUCAUCAACCGCACCGAGGUGGAGGUGGUGGACAACAUGACAGUGGUGCAAACCUACCAGGAGACUGAGACUGCGCUCUACCUCACCUACAUCGAAGGCGUCUGUGUAGUGUGGUUCACUUUUGAAUUUCUAAUGCGAAUAACUUUCUGCCCAAAUAAAUGUGACUUCAUUCGGAACGCCCUGAACAUCAUCGACUUUGUGGCCAUCCUGCCCUUCUACCUGGAGGUCGGCCUCAGCGGGCUCUCCUCCAAGGCAGCUAAGGAUGUGUUGGGUUUCCUGAGAGUUGUCCGCUUUGUGCGGAUCCUGCGUAUCUUCAAGCUGACCCGUCACUUUGUGGGAUUGAGGGUGCUGGGCCACACGUUGAGGGCCAGCACCAACGAGUUCCUGCUCCUGAUCAUCUUCCUCGCCCUCGGUGUCCUCAUCUUUGCUACUAUGAUCUACUACGCUGAACGGAUUGGAGCUAACCCCAACGACCCUCGAGCCAGCGAACACACACACUUCAAGAACAUCCCGAUCGGAUUCUGGUGGGCUGUGGUGACCAUGACCACCCUCGGCUACGGAGACAUGUACCCUCAGACGACUUCCGGUAUGCUGGUUGGAGCCCUGUGUGCCCUGGCAGGUGUGCUGACCAUCGCCAUGCCCGUCCCUGUGAUUGUCAACAACUUUGGAAUGUAUUACUCUCUGGCCAUGGCGAAACAGAAACUACCAAAGAAAAAGAACAGGCAUAUCCCUCGUGCGCCCCAACCAGGUUCUCCAAACUUCUGUAAGUCAAGCAUCAGCUCCCAACAGCCAAGCCCCAUAGCCCAUGAUGACGAUGUUUUCGAGAUAAAGUUUCAAGAUUCCAAGCUAAACGGAGAGGCAGCUAACGCAGCUUUGGCCAAUGAAGAUUGCCCUCAUAUAGACCAGGCCAUAUCUCCAGAGGAAAUCUUCAGCCCCAGCGAGAGAGAGCGGCCCUGCUUCCUGGUCACCACUGCUGAACGGCCCAACCACACAGGGGGGAGAGUGAGGAGGGAGACCCAGCGACAGCACCGGAGCAGACAACCAACAGAGUCAGUUUGUGUUAUGAACCAUGGUGUCCCAACCACUAUGUGUAUGACCCAUAAUGGCCCAUCACCCACCUGAUAGUUCUGUAGCAUUGUUGUGUGUAUUACUUAGUCUUUUUAAAUGGGUGUGACAGUGACAACCUGUACAUCACAAACUCAGCAUAGAUGUAGCACUGAGGAAGUUUUGUUGUCAAGCCUUAUGUAGCUCAGUAUCUGUGACUGGUUACUGUGUUGUAAUUUGUGUGCCUAUUUUUGGUGUGUGCAAGUGCUGUAAAUACGCUUUUUUUGUGUGCUCAAGUUGUGUGUACCAAUGUUUUUGAGUGAUCAUCAAAUAUCUGUGUGCUUCUUCUGUUGAAAGAAAAAAAAAUGUUGCUCCGAUUUUAUUCACCCAGCAAAAAAAAAAACCAACAACAACCUGUCACGUGUCAUGUCAGCCAGACUAAACAGUUGAAAACAGAUUUGUUAACUUUGCACUUUCAUCGUCACAUCUUUGUAGACUUUUGCACUGUUUUGCACCGGUGAACUUUUAACAUUCCUUUGAUAUGUUUUCAUGCAUCCGAGAUAACAUCCACAAAAAAGAAAAAAAUAACAAGGUCAUACUUAAAAAAACAAAAACACCACUCUUACCUUAUAAUAAUGAGGCAUUAAAAUUGCAAAGUGUGCUGUUAACAAUGGGUAACUAAUUGUUUGGUUAUUUAUAAAAGCUUAUUCAGAGAGGACUAAAAUAUAUUCAACCUUUAUUAAAUGUUGAUAUAUCUUCAUAUGAAGCAGCACUUUGAUUAAUAAAAACAUAUAUAAGUAUAAAAAAACUCAUAUUACAGUUUAAACAUUCAUAUUCAUUCUGUACUACAUUUUUAAUUGACAAUCCUUUUUUGCACACAUGCGAAUUGGCAUAUUAGUAUGCAACACUAACCAAUGCCAGACAUUACACAAACAUAAUGGAUAAGUGCCUCUGUUAUGCAAAUUUUCUCACCGUUUGCGAGUAUAGCUUAACAAACAUGAUGAUUUAAUGUUGAUUUUAUUUGACGUUAGUCAUCAGUCACCAGCCAUUAAAACAAGCAUCAGUUCAGUACUCAAAAAGCACAAACAUUCAAUAAGGACCCCCAUACGUAUCAGCUUCUAAAGGCAAGCAAUGAGGAUACCUAAUUAAAGACAUAAAGGCGUAAGUACAGCCUAACUGUUUGUGUAGAAAAGUUAGUGAAGAGGGACCAACUUUUUACCAAACAACUGCAAACUCACUGCCAACAACCUACUGAGAUCUGUGUGCAGUCAGGUACAGCAGAUCUGAAUCUGCCAAUAGAGCUGAGCACAAAUGGGGGGACAGUGUGCUGGUCAUUGUUCGAUAUGGUAAAAACAAUAACAGCAGCUGUUAUUAAACGGACUCAAUAAUGCAACUAAGAGGCAACUAAUGUGCCGUUAAGUGAGACUUGAGAGUGUGUGUUUUGAACACCGUGCAUUUUGUGGUUAGUUAUCUCAAUAAGGUGAUCAGUGAUCGUUUUGAUUGGUUUGUUGUUUCGGGAAUUUUUGUGUCUUUUUUGACCAAUACAGUUCAGGCUUGUACAAUAAAUAGUGAUAAAUAAAAACAAACACAGAAGUGA